AGGCUGCAGCAGCAGCGGCGGGUGCAGGCCCCGGCCCUCACCCCACCCCCAUCCGCGGCGCGGGCGCUGCCAGGCCGGAGCCACAGGAGAUAUCCGUGCCUAGCUCCCCACCAUGGUUGGAUGAAUCUUUUCCUGACUGGCACUGAAGUGAGAACACCGUCAGGAUGGUUAAGAACUGUGCGGAAGACAUUCAAAUCAAAUGCCUAACUUGUAUGUGCAACAAUAUGAUUUCCUGACAGCAAGAGAAAAGUAUAUUCUAUAGCUACAAAGUCUUUAUGAAAGAAAUAUGAGAAGGAAUCCAUUGCUGGGCAGCAUAGCUGGAGUAGUCAGUGAAGCUCAAAAUGUCUGCUACUGCUAAUAUGGGCAUUGGAGAUAUGAAAAGUGCAUUAUCUUGUUUUCUCUGAACUUGAUAUAAUCAACCUUGUGGGCAAAGUAAAACAAAAAGGCAGCUGGUCUUGGAAAACAGAAUGCCAAAGAAACGAAAAAAUCCUGGUGUAAGUCCCUCGAGCAAAAUUGUGAACUCUGAAAGAACUGUCAAUACUGUUGAGGGCCUGGAACCAUCAUCAAGAGAUACGACCAUGUCACACGAAAUGUACAGUGUCAAUAAAGAAGAGCUCUUCAACAGCAUGUCAGAAAUGUUUUCUGACCUGGAACCUACUGUGGUUUAUAUGGUUCUUUCUGAAUGUGAUUUUAAAGUUGAAAAUGCAAUGGAUUGGCUGCUAGAACUGUCUACAGCUGCUAAUGGUGUAGCAUCUUCAGAAGUCUCAGGGUUUGAUUCAGUAGCCUCAUCUCUAGCUCUUGUUCAGCAGCAAAGGUCUCUUGCAAAUGAAGCAAUGAAAGAAAGUUCUGCAAAAAAAGAUCCUGUAAAUUUUAAAAAAGGAACGGAAAAGGUCCUAUCGCCUGAUACUCAGUUGACUGAAGAGCUGGAUUCCUUGAUACAAAAUGCUUUUGAGAAAUACAGACUGGAGGACAAAUUGCAAGCUACUGAAUCCAGUAGUUCUAGUGCCAUUACUGAAUCUCCUGAAUGGAAAAAAUCCACAUUAGGCUGUAAUGCCAUGCUUUUUCAAUCUGAGAUAAACAAUGCGAAGUUAGAAAACUUCUCCUUUACAUGCAGUGCAAAGUGUCACAAAUCUUCUCAGCCAGCAGUAAGUCAGUCGAGCCUUCGAAUGAAAGAGAGAUCAUCAGCUGAUGUGGACAAUUUUACACAGGUAUUAAAAGACUGUAGGCUGCCAGAUAUACAAGCUGACAAUGGUGUAGCUCCAGAAAUCAUUGAACUAACAAACUGGGAAAUGGGUCAUAAAAAUCCUGAUCAAAUGCCACAUGUUGUUUCCAAUGAUGAAAGUUUGAACUGUACUUCUGGUCAGUCCUCCCAUGAACUUCUAGAAUCUGGAACAGCUGUUUUUGGAAAUUCAAGUUCAAAAUGCUGUGAACAACAGGAAGAGGAUAUGGCUGUAUGCAGUGGCCAUAGAAACAUUUUUAUCCCUGCUGCAUUUACAUCUUUUGAAGGAUCCAGUUUCAAACCAUUAAAUAUCUCAGAUUUUCAGCAGUUCGAUCAUAGUUGUAACUUUAAUUUUUCUACAUCACCACAGCAACUUCAUCAGCCUCCUUGGAAUCCAAUAGCUUCUGAGUUAUAUGCGUCAAGUGGAAGUCACAGCUUCGUAACUCCAGUUGCUAUCAGUCCUGGACAGUGGAGACCUGCUUCUGAUUCUAGGACUUUUGGAAAAGGAGUGCCUUUUUCCUCUUCAGUUGUUUCAAAUGUCCAAGAUAGCAAUGUGUCUCUGAAGAUAUGGGGACAUCAAGAUGGAAACCAAAAAAUGAACCUCUCUCAAGUAUACCAGCCAUCUGUUUGUCACAUGAUGAGAAAAAAAACACAUCUUGUAGGUCAAGUACUUGUUCUUCUCAGAGGGGUUCCAGGAUCAGGAAAAUCUUUUUUGGCAAGGAAUUUGCUAGAGGAUAACCCAGGUGGAAUUAUUCUCAGUACUGAUGAUUACUUUUAUAAAAAUGAACAAUACCAGUAUGAUGCAAAUUGCUUAGGAGAAGCACAUGAGUGGAAUAAAAUACAAGCAAAAAAAGCAUUUGAAAAGAGAGUAUCUCCUAUAAUAAUAGACAACACAAAUAUACAAGCAUGGGAGAUGAAGCCUUAUAUUGCUCUGGCUCAGCAGUACAAAUACAAAGUCAUGUUCCGAGAGCCAGAUACUUGGUGGAAGUUUAAACCGAAAGAACUCGAAAGGCGUAACAUUCAUGGUAUAUCCAAAGAAAAGAUCAAGAGAAUGUUGGAACGGUAUGAGCGUUGCCUUACUGUUAAUUCAGUCCUGAAUUCUCCAGUCCCAAACAAAUCAGAGAUUACUAUCUGGAAUGAAGAACCUACUCGGGAUGAAAGCUGUGGACAGAAAGAGACUCAUACUUAUGUGAAAGAAGAAGGACCUUUGGCUUCUCUUUUGACAUCUCUUGAGUUAGCUGAAGAUAAAUCUGUAUCUGCUACAUCUUCAGUACUAGAAAAUAGUUGUGUUAUUUCAGAUAAUAUGGAUAUAUACUUGUCAGAGCAUGAUGAAAAAGUGCCGUUGAAAAAAGAUGAAAAAACAGAAGAAAUGCAUAGAAGUAUUGAAACAGAAGCAAGUGAAACUGACACAGUCAUAUCUGAGGAAACAACAGGCUUGCAUAUACGCUCUUGUGAAGCAGUUCAAGAAUACAGUGAUAACAAGAUCCUUGAAGAUCAAAGUGAAGUAGAUCAGUAUACUGAAAUUCCAUUAGAACCAGAAUUAAUACAAAUAAAAGACGUUACGAAACAAAAUGAUUCAAUUUUAGUUACAUCGGUGAAGCCAGAGUUAUUAAACUUUGUAGGUGAUUGGCCUGUAGAACAGACAAUGGGGCAGAGAACCAGAAGGACUAGAAGAAUAGAAAAAUCAUCUGUGAUUAGUGAUGAAGAUAAUAAAGCCACCAGCCAUCCUCCUCUGGAAUCAUGUGAGGCACAAGUGGGCCUGGCUGAUAUUCAGCCUGGUGAAAAACAACAGGAAGACAUUUUACCUUGUGAUACUCCUUCUGUUUGUGGUACAGAAAAAAAUGCAGCAGAAUUGGAGAUGGUGGGAGAUUGGCCUGCUUCAAGCUCUUUAGAGCAGAGGCAGCACAGAUCAAGGAGAACACGAAAAACAAGUCAAAGCCAAUCUGAUGAAGCUGGAAAUAGUAAAUGUGAUAUACACAAAAACAUUCUCAGCACAGUGAAUGUGCUUCAUGGAACAUCUUUGGGCAUUGAAAAGCUACAGAAUGCAGAGAAGUCAAAUUUUGACAAAUUGGAAACAGUAACUAGUGAAAUUGUCAGUGAGAGAAAGCCACAGCAAAAUAAGAGAAUUCGGAAACACCAUAAAUUAGCCGUAACGUUUACCAACCAUGAUUUGGCCCUCUCCAAGCCAGAGGAACAGUUGUCUACUCCUAAUUCACUGGAAGAAAACCUGGAAAGACAUGCGUAUAAACAACUGAGCAGCUAUACGCAAACUGAGCCACAGGAUUUUGCUCUCUUGUGGAGAAUAGAGAAGAAAAUUAUCAUUUCUGAGAGUCCUAAAGUAUUAAAUAGCAGACUGGAUGGAUUCAGACCGAAAGAUAUGGAUUCUGCUUCAGAUUCUCUGGAAAAAAUACCGUAUAGAGUUACAUAUGAUAAAAGCACAUAUGUAGAAGAAAGUGAACUUACCAGUAUUGAUGAAUCUGAAAAUCUUAAUAUUCUUUGUAAACUCUUUGGCUCCUUUUCAUUUGAAGCACUGAAAGACUUGUAUGAAAGAUGCAAUAAAGAUAUUGUCUGGGCCACUGGUUUGCUGCUGGAUUCUGAUGAAAAGUUGUAUAAGGACAAAGAGAUUGAAUGCUUACAGGAACAAGGAACAGAAGCACUGGUCAUCAACCUUCACUCCAAGGCAAAUACAAACUGUGGAGAUAAUCUGAAUAAUUCUGAACAAACCAGUGAAAUGAUUAUGACUGAUGGUGUUCAACUUUCAGAAGGCAAUAAUUUAUCUAUUUUUGAUACAGAGAGUAAAACUACAGAUAUACUUGAAACAGAUGCUGAAGUACCUGAUUCAUUAAUGAGUCUUUCACUAGAUUCUUUGGUAGAACCCAGAAAUACCAAUGACAUUGCUUCUCGAACUGAUGCAGAAACUACAGGAACAGAAAUGGAGCAGUCCAUUUCAGAGAUACAGGAAGUAAACUUAAAUAAUACGAGCCUGGUUUAUGAAGUGGAAAAUAAGCUACCAGUCUUGCAGCCUGAUGUGGGUUUAUAUGCAUCUAUGACUCUUCCUAAUGUUCUUAACCCUCCUUCUGCUAUUUUGGAACCUCAGUUAAAUAAGGAUAGAGACAGUGAACUUUCAGAAAGAGAUCCAGAGAAUCCUGAAGUAGAUAAAACGAUUAUUCAGUUCUCGCAAAUGGAUCAAGCACCUUUGAUGAACCCUGCCAGUGACAAGCAAGAGUUUGGGACUGAUAAAGAAACUCAGGGGAACCCUAUGAUAUCUGUUGGGAAUGUUAAAGAACAAAGUAAAAUCUCAGAUAGCAAUGAAGACAAAACCAAGAUACCAGUUUCUUCUCAGUCUUUGAAUAUAGAUUGCCUAGAAUUAACAUUACCUGCUGAACUGGCACUUCAGCUGAAAGAAAUAUUUGGGCCAGUUGGCAUCGACUCCGGGUCAUUAACGCUUGAGGAUUGUGUGGUUCAUAUAGAUCUGAAUCUGGCAAAAGUGAUUCAUGAGAAAUGGAAAGAAUCUAUUAUGAAGCGGCAAAGGAAAGAAGAUGGAUCAUAUAAACUGCUUGUGGAAGGUCCCACGCUGAUUGAGCAGUUAGAUUUAGAUGACUCGGGCACAUUCUUAUCUCAGAGCACAGACAGUAAACUGCAGAAGAAGAAAAUGACUUGGGCCUCAUCUUCAUCUAACACUACACAGAUUAAAAAUUCAGCAGCACCAGAAGUUUUCCCUUUUAUGGAUCACUGGAAUGCACAAACACAGAAAGUAUCACUCAGAGAAAUAAUAUGUGAAGAAAUUGCUUUACAAGAGAAACAGGACCUGAAACGUGCCGCUUGCAUGGCUAGAAAAGAUUGUGCUGCCAAACUGAAGGAGAAGCAACUCUUUGAGAUGUUUCCAACCAUUAAUCAAAAUUUCUUAAGGGACAUCUUCAAGGAUAACAACUAUUCUUUAGAACAGACUGAGCAAUUUUUGAACUGUGUCCUGGAGGCAGAUCCUGUAAGAACAGUUGUUGUUCAAGGGGCUGUUCAGCAAAGUGAAACCCUCCCUUCUUGCAGUACAGUGAAGAACCGAGAUAAAAAGGCAAAGAAGUUCAAGGAAGAUGAAGAUGUUAUGCGUAAAAUAGCAUUUCAAGACAUUGAGUACCCUGGAUAUGAUGAUUUUAGAGCAGAAGCUUUCUUACAUCAGCAGAAGAGACAGGACUGUCUGAAAAAGGCAGGGGAGGCAUAUUGCAUGGGUAUGAAGCCUGUGGCAGCAUUUUAUGCGCAACAGGGCCGCCUUCAUGAGCAGAAGAUGAAAGAAGCAAACCAUGCUGCUGCUGUGCAAAUCUUUGAGAAGGUAAAUGCCUCCCUGCUGCCCAUGAAUGUUUUGGAUUUGCAUGGUCUCCAUGUAGAUGAAGCCAUGAAUCACUUGUCCAGAGUACUACAGGAGAAAAGUGAAGAGUACAAGCAGACUGGUGGUAAACCCUAUCUCUGUGUGAUCACGGGAAGAGGAAGCCAUAGCCAGGGAGGAGUUGCUCGUAUCAAACCAGCAGCCAUUAAAUACCUCACAAGCCACAACUUCAGGUUCACUGAAAUCAAACCAGGCUGCCUGAAAGUCAUGUUGAAGUAAAAAGGUGGUAUGAAGGAGAGUGUGAAAACUGAGGAUUCAUAACACAGCUAGAAACUUUAAACAGCUACAGUAAAUAUAAUUUAAUUUUCUUCAAAGAACAGUGUUUUAGUAGCUGUUUUAUAACAAUUAGUUUUGACAGCAUGUUUCCAAGAAGGUUUUAAUACUGAAAUAUAUAUUUUUUGUAAUCCCAAAGAGUAGUAUUUAUCAGAAAUACAGACUUGGAACACAUAAAUGUACAUAAGAGAUUUUAAAGGGAAAUCAAGGUGCCAUUUUCAAGCACCUCAUCCUUCUCAGUGCAGCUGGGGCCUAAGAUUAUCUCUGACCCUGUACAUUUUAAUGGUUGUGGAUGCAGUACUUUUUAAAAUACAUGCAGUAACUUGGACAAUUUUAACUUGUUUAAAAUAGUUUAUUCUGAGUUAGAAUUUUGGGUUUCAAAGAGUGUGAGGGAGCUAUGUUGCCAACACGCAUGGAAAUAAUAUCCAGUGGGAAAUGGGUGCCUACACACAGGGUUCAUUUGAAAAUUUUGGCUCUGGUCUUUUCAGUGGUAGAUUCUGAAGAACAUGAACCAGUUCUGCUGUGUUUAUUCAUACACAGUUCUGAAUGGAAGCUACAUCAUCUGAGUGAGGACUCAGAAUGGGGCAUGAAUUAAGUAAGGAAAAUUUGCAAACUCACCUUAGUUCUUAAUGGGGUGGGAAAAGAACCCUCAUUCUCAACUCUACCUGUGUGAAUAUAUUAAUAUUUUACAGGAAAAUCACCCAUUUUCCUGAAUAGCAAUAUACACAGUGAGCAGUGUUUAGUCUUUUAUGAAUUUUCAAAAUGAGUCCUGUUAUGAGUACGGUUUCAUUUUAAUGAAGUUUUGUUGAUGAUGUAUUUCCAUUCUUUGUGUUUAAAUAAAUCAAGAUACAAUACAAUAAAUAUAUUGACACUUCCUCUGCA